CUUCAACAUUUAUAAUGGAAUUACUCAAGAGAACACUGGUGCUGUGUUUGACAUGUUGUGUCGGACCGAUGUUAUCGGUGCAGACGUGCGACAUCGUGAUCGACCUGGAGAUGGAGAGAGACGAGUGCUUUGCCAAGUUGGAAAAUGUCACAUCAGGUUGCAGUGGCGAGUGGGACGUCGCUUGCUGGCCGUCGGCGGCUGUCGGACAGCUCAUCACCAUCCCCUGUCCUAAGUACUUUAGCCAUGUCAGUGAUAAGAAAGGAAAUAUAUCAAAGAUGUGCACCGGGGACGGCUGGACAAACAUCGACCCGGCUGUGAUUGCACAGAACUGUGGCUAUAGUCUCAAUUUCACAGAAGGUGAAGACAUGGGUGAAUUUCUGGGAUCUGUGAGGAUUGGGUACACCAUCGGUCAUGCUGUAUCUCUGACUUCCCUCGUCGCUGCCAUCUCCAUCUUGUGUUUUUUUAGGAAGCUUCACUGCACAAGAAACUACAUCCACAUUCACCUGUUCCUGUCAUUCAUCCUGAAGGCAGUAGCGGUUAUUAUGAAGGAUGUGGUGCUCUACGAGGUGGAGGAGCCGGAUGAGUGCAAUUCUGGUUCCGUUGGGUGCAAGGCUGCGGUGGUGUUCUUCCAGUAUGGCAUCAUGGCCAGUUUCUUUUGGCUGCUGGUGGAAGGUCUCUACUUACACGCGCUCCUUGCCGUCUCCUUCUUCUCUCACAGGAAGUACUUCUGGUGGUACAUUCUAAUUGGCUGGGGAGUCCCGGCAGUCUUCAUCACCUCAUGGAGCAUUACAAAAGCCUACUUACAUAAUGUCGGAUGCUGGGAUUUUAUUGAUGACAAUCUGUGGUGGAUUAUUAAAACCCCAAUUUUAACAAUAAUUAUGUUGAAUUUCAUCCUGUUUGUGUGCAUCAUCCGAAUUCUUCGACAGAAAAUCAAUUGCAGAGACAUCGGCAGAAGUGAAUCAAACCAGUACUCGAGGUUAGCCAAAUCAACUCUACUUCUGAUUCCCUUGUUCGGAAUAAACUACAUUAUCUUUGCCUUCAUGCCUCAUCACAUACAGUCCUACGUGCGUCUGGUCUUUGAUCUGAUCCUGGGCUCUUUUCAGGGCUUUUGUGUUGCUGUUCUGUACUGUUUCCUAAAUGCGGAGGUGCAGUCCGAAAUGAAGCGGAAGUGGCGACGGUGGCACAUGCAGAGGUUCCUGGACAGCGACACCAAAUACCAUCAACCGUCUCUGGCCAGCAACGGCCACACCUCCAACACUCAGAUCACCGUGCUGACCAAGUGCAGCCCCACGACCUUCAGAGCCUUCGGAGGCGUGGAUGAUUUCUCCUCCACUUUAGCUGACAGGAUGGACUGAGAGCCACAAUCCAGAGCUCUAACACAGUCCUGGGAUGAGCUUCAUUCUAAACUGGUUUCCAGUAGUUUGUAAUAGCGUGAGUGUGAAACACAGUGUCUCCGAGUCGGUCAGGAUGGGUGGUGUUAGAUAUACAUGUGAUCAAACGUGCCGCCAUGAUGUGAACGUUGGUGUUAUUCAGUGUUGCACAUCGAUCAGUCGUACUGAGGGGAGCGUUUCUCCCUUUCUUAUUUCGGGAAGUCCUGUUAUCAGGAGACUUUCUGACAUGCUGAAUGUUUUUUGGCAACUGGUUUCGACACAAUCAGCGCCUGGAGUCAAGGACAAAGUCAGAUGAGAACAGGAGUGUGGAAGUUCAAGUCUGAAUCAUCCCUUGCCCUCGCACACACACACACACACACACACACACACACUAAUUGUGGUUAGAUUUUUGGUGUGAGGGGCUGACAUUUACUUCUGUCAUCUUUCUUCAGCCUGGUCUCAUUAAUCUGCUCCAGCUGGAAUAAGGUGUAACUUUUCAAACCCUUCAUUAUUUUUAUAGGAACCUGAGGGGUGUGUAUAAGAACUUUAUUACUUAAUUUAUUACUUGUAGACUUUUGAAUGUGAUUAAUGACGUUACAAUAUGUUCUUCAGCACAGUCUUCAUUUCCAAACUCUUUCUAAGUCAGAUUAAAGGUGCUGUAUGUGUACAACAGUGGUUUCCAACCUUUUAAAUAACUGGGCUGCAAUUAUGGACCACAAGACGGUAAAACAGGCAGGAUAGGUGCUUUAUAAUAAUAACAGAUUGCAGGUUGAAAAUAUGUAUAUUCUUGAUAUAAGGUAGGAACGAUGUAAAUAUCCUCUCAGUGUCACAGCAGAGGUUGUUAAUGCUCUAUUAUGUUCUACAGUUUUUACUUUGCUGUUCUUAUAUCCCUCAAACAUUUUAUAGAUUUGUUGUAUGUGUAUAGUGGGUAGUUCCAAACUUACAGACGCCCGUAUACAGACUUCAAAACUCAACUACUGCUCGGGCCGUUCAGUAUGGGGUGGAUUUUUUAAUCCAUUACUUAAAAUUUGAUUCAUAAAAGACACAUAAAUGAUUUUUCUUGGCCUGAUAUCCCUCCAGCAAUAAUUAAUAUUAAUCCCAGCUUCACUGACUGUUACACACAGGAUCUCAGAUGAAAAGCCAAGUCAUGUAAACAAAAAGCAUAAAAAACAACCGCUCCUACUGUCUGGUCAGGGUGCCUGCAUGAGCAGAACAGUACAUGCUGUGACUGUUUUGAAAAAUAAUAGUAAUAAUAUUAAAUAAAUAUUUCUUUAAUGGCUAUGUUCCGGUGGGAUGGCCGAAGCAUUGGUGCACCCAGUGUUUACCAGUAAAGCCAGACCCACCGCAGCUCUGACCAAGAUGAUAAAAAUGAAAGGAUUCUAAAUUCAAGUAUGAUUUUUUUUUUCUUUUGGACAUGACUACUGGUGUCUGUUGAGUGUCCAGCCAGGCCAGUGGCCUCACUCAUUAGAUCACUGUGCAUUCUGAACACAUGAUGAACAAGAAUACAAAUUCCUUUAAAGUGAGAACCGACUUGCAUUAGUAAGAGCACUAUUUGAGAAAAACCUGACAACCUUGGCGGGUUAAGAUGUAUGAAUGCAAGUUAGAAUAUCUCAGUAAGUCGGCAAAAAUAGUAUAUAAAUAUUUGCUAAACAUCAUAUAUUAGUGCAAAUCCUAAUAUAAGUGACUUUUCUUGCACGUCUGUUGAUGUACCCACCUAGUCAGACUAACGGUACAGGUAAUUUCAAGGUACAAACCAUAUAAAUGUACCCACACAGUGAUGCAACAGCGGUCCAAACCUAAGAUCUUAAAAUGAUACUCUUUUUUCACUUUUAUGCUGUCAGGUAAAAGCUUUAUAAUAAUAAGGCUACAAAAGAUGGACGGGCGUGCCAGUGACAAACUUUUGCAUCCUGAAAGGUACCAUUUGUCCUCCAGUUUGGACCGUCAACAGUGUUUCAUUUUCAUGGAAGAACCAUAUUUAUUAUAAAUGUUCUCCUUAUGUUUUAAGAGAACAGUAAAGGCAGGGGUGUGUUGAUUAAGGUUUUUAAGCUUUAAAACAGCUAGCCUCGGUAAAGUGUUACCAAAAUCCAUGACUGUAAAGCAGUAUAUUGUAUAUUUAUCAGUAUGCACAAUUAUGGUUGUUUAUUCAUGUGAUUCUGUUCUAUAGUUCUCUGUAAGUGCUGCCAGUGUAUGUUUGUAAUGAUUACAUUAUAAUAGGAUUUGUAUAUAUAGUAUAAUGUAGUGUACUAUGUGCCAGCAGCAUUUGUAAAUACGUAAUAUUUUUGGACCAGAAGGUCUGUGACUGAUCAAACCGCACUUUCUGUGAAUUGGUACUAAAUGUUUAUUGAACACUUUUGUAAUGUAUAGAGUAUUUGUAAUGUACAGGACAUAAGGCAGUGGUAGCUCAGUGGUUAAAGUACUGGACUAGAAAUCAGAAGGUUACUAGACUUUUAACCCUCAACUGCUUGCUUGGUGUUUGGUUAGCUUAGGAUCAAAGCAUCUGCAAAAUGCUAUAUAGGGAAUUGUUUUAUAACAAUUAUUAGUAUUUUUUUAUGAUUAUCAUUAUCUUCACUCCCUUUCUUUAUGCCAACAGCAAACAAGCAUAAAGUGUAUUUCAAAUACAUUAUUUGUUAAACUCUUGAAAUGUGUCAUAAACAAUUAUUUGAUUAAUCAGAUUCACAUUAUAACAUUCCAGUCUUAAGAUUUCAAAGAUUUCUGCCUUUAAAAAAAAAAUCACUUAGUAAUUGCUAGCAGCUGGUGAAUUCUCUGUGUCCAUAUAAAUACAGAAAAUUUUAUAGCACACAUUAAACUGAGUCACAACUUUUAACUUAAUAACAUUCAGUUCUUCCAAAGGCAGAGAGUAAAUGAGAAUAAAAGGCUUUGGUUUAGUCUAAUAAAGUGAUAGUAUCUUUGUUUACCCGUCCUCUGAAAUGCAUUACAUUUGUUAUUUAUUUUCUAAAUCCCUUAAAGUAUUUUCAUUAGUCUUUCUUCCCUAGCGACGUUUUGCUAGAUGCAGCGAUGUCCGACUACCAACCUCAUCAGACACAGGAGCUGAACCGAACUGAAAUUGGCUUGAUUUUCAAUUUGAUAAGAGAACAUGAACGUCCCAUCGAUUUUUUUUUCAGGUCUCGAUUGUAAUUCCCUCGCUGCUUACACCCCUGACCAAGGUGACUCACAGUCUAUCACACGCCGCCUUUUUCACCCACCACAUCACGUACAGAGCCUCCACCACUUGUGCAGGUGCCUCAAACAGAUACCAGAGGUUGCACUAGCGCAACAGCAGUGAAACCCCAUCGAUCGUUCCUCCGCUCAGGCACAGCCAGUUGUGAACACCAGGUCGAUAGCACUGUUAUAUAAGAACUCGAGAGCUCUUGAUCUCAGUGGUUAAUGAACUGCAGAUUAAGUCAAAAGUUUACAUACACUUGUUUACAUGUGUUUUAAUGAUUGAGAUGGAAUAUCUAAACUAUGUACUUAUUAGUCCAAAAAAGCUUUCACAAAAUUGAAUAAUUGCAUUUUCUGGAAAAGACUAAACAUGCGCUAUGAUUUUUCUGACCUGACUGAACCCGGUCACUAUUUGAAUUUGGGUUUUUAAUGAACUUCCAGUUGAACGGUCUUGGCAUUUGAGAAUUAUUUGUGUUCACUGAGUCACUAUUUGUGGUUUUCAUAAUAUAAAUUUCCUGGACGGUGUCCCUGGGCACCACACACAAAAUACAAAAUAAUAGGCUGCUGUCUCCGAACCCCAGUAAUAGAUUACAGAAUAAAACAAAAUAAUCAUUGGGCAUUUCACACACACCUGAUACCAGUGUAAUACCAUGAUGGUGUACAACCUUUGACUAUGUACGUUACUGUGUGAUAAUAACUACUGUGUAUGAAU